CUGAUGGACCAGCUCUCUGUAUAAAAGACAGGUCAGAUCAGACCUCAGACAUAGAACCAGAGCAUCAGCUAGACUUCUGACACAGAACCAGACCAGAACAUCAGAGACCAGGACAUCAGAGACCAGAGCAUCAGAGACCGGAGCAUCAGAGACCAGAGCAUCAGAGACCAGAGCAUCAGAGAUCAGAUCAUCAGAGAACAGAACAUCAGAGACCAGAGCAUCAGAGACCAGAAAUUCAGAGACCAUCUCAGACAAUACAAUCUUCAGCAUCUCAACCAUCUCUGAACCAUGAAGACCAUGACUGCUCUACUCCUCCUGGGAAUGCUCUGCUCCCUCCAUACGACUUCUGCAGGUGUCAUUUCGUUGGACACGGCAACUGACUGCUGUAUGAAAUUCAGCGCGAGGAUCCCUCUUCAACAAGUGGUUUCUCUCAGACCAACUUCCAGUAGCUGCUCUCGCAAAGCACUGAUUUUCACCACAAAGAAAGGGAAGACAUUUUGUGUUGACCCUUCUGAAGCCUGGGUCCAGAGUCAUGUGACCAAGAUUGAGAGCAGAUCGACUGCUGCCAAGACGACGAUGAUGUCAUAAACCACCAUCACCCCCUAACACCCUAACCCUUGGUGGUGCACUAUAAAGGGAAUAGGUUGCCCUUAGUAACGCAGACCUUGUCAGGCAUGUCAAUACCCUAUCUAAGAUUGGUAUGGAGGAGGUUCAAUGUAAUGUACUAGGUUAAUACCCUAUCUGAGAUUGGUAUAGAGGAGGUUCAAUGUAAUGUACCAGGUUAAUACCCUAUCUGAGAUUGGUAUGGAGGAGGUUCAAUGUAAUGUACCAGGUUAAUACCCUAUCUGAGAUUGGUAUAGAGGAGGUUCAAUGUAAUGUACCAGGUUAAUACCCUAUCUGAGAUUGGUAUAGAGGAGGUUCAAUGUAAUGUACCAGGUUAAUACCCUAUCUGAGAUUGGUAUGGAUUAGGUUCAAUGUAAUGUACCAGGUUAAUACCCUAUCUGAGAUUGGUAUAGAGGAGGUUCAAUGUAAUGUACCAGGUUAAUACCCUAUCUGAGAUUGGUAUAGAGGAGGUUCAAUGUAAUGUACCAGGUUAAUACCCUAUCUGAGAUUGGUAUAGAGGAGGUUCAAUGUAAUGUACUAGGUCUAGGAUGUACUAAUUGUUUAUUUUUCUAUAACUGAAAAAAUAUUUGACAUUUAGCUAUUCAGUAACCUAUUUAAUAUUUUAUAUUUUAUAAAUCUGUUGAAGAUUUCAAUCAUCCUGUGAAAGAGUGGUUCAUAUUAUUCAAUGAAUGUAUUAAUGGGUUGUAACUAGGUCUAUUCUACUGAUAUAGAUAUUAAUGGGUUGUAACUAGGUCUAUUCUACUGAUAUAGAUAUUAAUGGGUUGUAACUAGGUCUAUUCUACUGAUAUAGAUAUUAAUGGGUUGUAACUAGGUCUAUUCUACUGAUAUAGAUAUUAAUGGGUUGUAACUUGGUCUAUUCUGCUAUACUGAUAUAAAUAUUGUAUUUUUCACGUUCUCCAUCUGCAGCUGUUUAAAUAAAUCAAGUAUUCUGAAGAA